GCCAGAGGAGCCGCUCGGCGGAUCAUGUGCAGCGCGGCGCCGCUCGCAUGCGGCGCGUGGUUUCACCUUCAGGGCUGCUCGGCGCGCCCUUCCCGAACGCCGCCGGCCGCGCAGGAGGUGAUCCAUGCCAUCUUCUUGCAGAGCACAGGGAGGGAAAUUGUCACUUUGGACUCUCUUGAGCACCUGAAGGGAGAAACAUUACCCUGAGAAUGAAGCAGUAAAAACACUUCUCUGCAGAACCGUAUGAUUGAAAACGUGGUCCAGCCCUCCUCUGCUGCCAGACAUGCUUUCGGGCUCCUGCCCCGCUUACCCGUUGUUGCAGUAAUACAGAUGGAUCGUAGCAGAGCGGCAGAAAUGGAGUUACGGAGGUCCUCCAGCCCUGGCAAGCUAAGCAAGAACGACAUGGAUGCUGACAAGACCAUGUGCCACAGCUGUUGUAUCUGCGGUAAAAGUUUCCCUUUUCAGAGCUCCCUGUCACAGCACAUGAGGAAGCACACGGGUGAGAAGCCCUACAAAUGCCCUUACUGCGAUCACAGAGCUUCCCAAAAGGGCAACCUGAAGAUUCACAUCCGUAGUCACAGGACAGGCACUUUAAGUCAGGGACAUGAGGUGGAGAUGGGAGAGGCGCAGCUGGGGGAGAUGGGCGUUUCAGAGGGCCUUGGCGGGUGCACCAGCCCCACUAAAAGUACGUCUGCCUGCAACAAGAUCUUGAAUGGUACUGCUCAGGUUGAUAGCAGCAAGAUCUUGUUGAGAAGCAGCAAGAAGGAGGUCACAGAGACGGCGCCAGCCGAGGAGGAUGGCAGGCUGACCUCUUACCAGUGCACCUUCUGCAAAAACAAAUUUGAAAGGAAGAAGGACCUGGAGCAGCACCUGCACCAGGUCCACAAACCGUUCAAGUGCAGGUUGUGCAGCUAUAUGACCCUGAGGGAGGAGACGCUGUUAAACCACAUAGAGAAGGACCAUAUAACAGCUCAGGUCCCCAAUGGGGAGGCCUACACCGAGAACUGCAAGAGCGAGCUGAGUGCGGGCGAGUUUCCAUGUGAAGUCUGCGGUCAGGCCUUUAGUCAAACCUGGUUCCUGAAAGCUCACAUGAAAAAGCACAGGGGCUCAUUUGAUCACGGGUGCCAUAUUUGUGGCAGGAGAUUCAAAGAGCCCUGGUUUCUCAAAAACCACAUGAAGUCGCAUGGCCCCAGGUCUGGGAGCAAAAACAAACCAAAAAAUGAUUUGGAGCUAAUAGCCACUAUCAAUGAUGUGAUACAAGAGGAGACAAUUGUUACAGGCCUGUCUCUGUAUGAAGUUUGCACCAAGUGUGGAAAUCUGUUUACAAAUAUGGAAAGCCUGAAGGCGCAUAACGUUGUUCACUACCGGGUGCAGCCGGGCGGCACCGGGGAUAAAGCUGAGGGCUUGGCUGAUGGGAGCCUGAGCUCCUCGGUAACGAAGCAGUUUUUCUUGCAGUGUCUCAAUCUACGGCCAUCUGUAGCGCUGGAUAGAGUUACGAGAGGACAGCCUGGGAAAAGAGUAGCCGAGCUGGAUCCGGUCAGUAGCUACCAAGCUUGGCAGCUGGCCACCAAAGGAAAAGUAGUGGAGCCCUCAGAGUAUGUGAAGUAUGUGGGAUGGGACGAGGCCCUGGCAGAUGCGGACGUGACUUACGACAAGGAUAAGAGGGAGUAUAUCCUUGUCAACCAGGAGAAGCGCAAGCGAGACCAGGACUCGCCCAGCAACCCCAAGAAGAAGAGCUGCACCAGUGGGCGCCCAGAGAAAACCAGCACUGCCCCGCCGGGGGAGAGCUGCCUGCUCGCCCAGGGGGAUCUGGACUACCGCCCUGCCUCGCGGCAGAGCCGGCGGGCUGCCCAGAACAAGUCCACCGAGUGCUUUGAGUGUGGGAAGAUCUUCCGCACCUACCACCAAAUGGUGCUGCACUCGCGGGUGCACCGCAAGGAGCGGAGGAGCUGCAGUGAGGGCGGGACGGCUGCCCAGCCUGACCGCUACGGCUCCAGCAGCGAGGAAGGUGACUUGGGGUCCGUCAGCGGGCCCAGCACCCCCGGCUCCGCAUCCGCCCCAGAGGACUCCGCCACCUCUGGCUUGGGGGAGGAGGGGGCUGAGGAGAGCUCAGAGGAGGGAGCAGCCAACCCCUUGCUAGAUGAAAAGCCAUACCACUGCAGCUUUCCUGAAGAAGAAACCCCAAUGAUAACAUCUCAGUUGGAUGAACUCCCAAAGCUGGGAAGCCGCAAUGCCAGAGAAAAUGAGGCCAGGGAAUCUAAACCAGAGAUUCCUGUCCUGAUGUCAGCACUGGAGAGUGUCAUCAAGGAACCCUUUUCAAAAUACCAAGGUUCUGCAGACAUGAAGAUGCCAGCAUUUCAUCACAGCCAAGGGCUUCUUUGCUCCAGUCGCAUUGCUAGCUUUGCUUCGGGUGUGGGCCAGACAUCUUCAGACAUGGUAAUGGACUUGAAAACAUCACUUGAAGUGCAGGCUAGUCGUGCUAGAGAAACUUUGCUAGACUUGCACAGGGGGCAUCCUCUGAUAGAAAAAGGUGCUGAAGCUCUUGAGGUAGCUCCACUCGAUUUGAGUGAAAAAUCAACAAGGGAUAAUUCAUGCAAUAAAUAUCUGAAUACAUCCUUCCAGACUGCUUUAAUUGUCUACCCAUGUCCUUUCUGCAGUCACAAGACCUACUACCCUGAAGUCCUGUGGAUGCACAAAAGAAUUUUGCACAAAAUCAGCUGUAACUCGAUGGUACCCCCUUGGGUUCAACAGAACGGAUUCAAGAGCAUUAAAAACAACCUGGUCUUUCUGGCAAGGAAUGGGCGCACUGGCCCCCCUCCUGUUCUCGGUGGUAAGGAAUGCCAGCCUUUGCCCAUUGCCAGAUUUACGCGUACUCAAGUGCCAAGUGCAUUGCCAGGUUCCAAAACCAGCUCUCUUUCUGUCGGGAUGACUGCGAAGUCUGGUAGUACGCAUCAGUCAAAGGACAGUCAUGCCUUCAGCCACUGUGGUCCACGCUUAUCGGGUCUGGAUGGGUACAGACAGCCCAAGUUAAACCAUUCCCAGGAGCAGUACAGCAUAGCAGCACAGCAGAAAAGUAAAUAUGAAGCAAAUUCCAAACUUAUGCAAAUGGGAACCUAUAGUAGAAGCAUAACGCCUACACAAACAGUCAUAUCCAGGCCUAGCACACAGCCCACAAACAGUAAGCAAGUGGAAAAGUACGUGGUGCCCCAAGGAAGUACCGGUUUUUCCCCUCCAGGUAAGCACUGUGCGUCCGACUCCAUGAAGGCCAAAUACAACCCACCGCUGCAGUACCAUCCUGUGUGUAAAAGCGAGCAGUACACUAAACACGAAGAGCCACCAGUGCCUCAGAGGGAGUCUCACAUGAAGGCUGGGAAUGAGAUGAGGACAUUGGCAAACUGCACAGCGGUAGCACGAACAAGUCCGGUACUGCAGCCCCAGCCUAGUAACGUGGGAGUCUCUCCAGCUUUACACUCCAGCAAACAGGAUGUGGGAUCAGAUGUGCACGAGAAACAUUUGGACAUUUUAAAUAUCUUUAAAACAUACAUUCCAAAGGACCUUGCUUCAUUGUACCAAACCUGUGGUGCCAACAGCCCUGUCCUGGAUCACACAGGGAUGCUCAGGACACAAAUACGCCAAGGAGACUGUGUCUGCAGAGAAUGUGGAAAAUGCUUUACCCAACCCAGUCACCUCAGGACUCAUCAGAGGUCCCAUGCAGGGGAGAGACCACGUCGGUGCGGAGGUCACCCACACGCUGCAUCUCCGGAAGGGAACCUAGAGCCUUGGCGGAGGAGCCCUGAGGCCAGCAGCCCCCAGCCCCGAGGGGCAGCGCCGGCAGCCCCCCAUACCGAGCAGAGCAGAGCAGCCCCCCUGCAGCCAUCGCCUCGCCCGGAGCUGCUGCGCGAGACUGAAACCAGCGCUCUGCCAGGAGGGGGGUGCCUCUGCGCUGUUAAUCAUUUUAAAAUAAAUGAAGAUGCUACACAAGAUAUAUAUAAAUUGACGUACUAAUCAGUCCCAUGGUUCCUUAUUUCCUUUAUAAUAAACAGUGGAGUUGGCAAGCACUGUGGCAUCUAUAUUAAUCAACAGAAGUUUGAGACACUGGAAAAAUUAAACUUUAUGUGAUUUGGACAGCAUGAAGAAGUUAAGCACUGUAACAAAAACCUCCCUGAUGCUCACAAUGACUAUUUGAUGCAUUUGAAAAACAGCAGUGGAUUUGAGGGCUGGAGAAGUAUUAAUUAAUGAAACUGCCACUGCCUGUUAUGCUGAAAAGCAAAUUAAAAAAAAAAAAAACCAACAGAGAGAGGAAGAAUGGGGGUUGCGGGGGGGGGAAAGGUGGCAUUCGGUGCUGAGAAAGCAACGCUUGAUGAAGGAUUAAAGGGACUAAAGAGAAAGACUGUCAUUCUGCAAUGGUUUGUUUCAUUACAGUUUGGGGACCACUUGCAUUUCUAGUGCUCUUGCUCUUGACUGCGCACCAUUAAUAGUAUGUGAAUAUGGAAAUUGAAACACUUCCAGAGAAAAGCUUCUAUUCUGCUUUGGAACAGAAAAGCUGGUCGAACACUAAGAAAAAAAACAGGCUUCUGUGUUUUACUCUCAGGACCUUUUUUUUUGUAACAGGGCUACUUUCUCCAACUUGAUCACAAAGGAAGUCUUCACUUAGAGAAAAAAAAGGAAAUAAUAAAACAUUCAGCUGUCUAAUGCCGCUGAUGUCUCUGUUUAGAAGAGAAGAGGUGUCACUGAACGAAUUCAGGCAGCCGUGGGGCUGUAAGGUGCUCUCUGCUCUUUCGUUUGGUUCAGUAGGCCAGCUACUUGCUCCUCCUUGGGCCCAGUGAUGUUCUGGAAAGACGAGGAAACUUCUUUUGUGGUGGCAGGUUAAUGUUCAUAUAAAUGUGUCAUGUCUUGUACUUGGUGAUCACUGGUGGUGUUAGGAAAAAAAAAGUUAAAAAAAGAGCUUUAUAUACCUCUUCUACAGUAACUCUUUAACUGCAAGUUUUCAAGGUGGGGUUGUGGCACAUAACAGGUUGUUAAACCAUGCAGUGUAAGCAAUUAAAAAUGUAUUCCACCAAUUUAAAUAUUUUCUUUUCUUAUUGCUGUGACACUAUGUGUGAUGGUAAUAUUUCUGAGAGUUUCAGAUUUUGCACAUAUAAUUUUAUGCAUUAUCAAAAGUUACUGCUGCCUUGAAAGAAAAUGUUCUGUGAAAAUUUUUGCAAAAGCUUUACUAGUUUGUUUUUUUAAAUUGUAACAUUUUGUAAAGGCAGGAAAUGGAGUUAAAAAAAAAACCUAGCAUGCUAAAUAUAUUUUUCAAAAAAGCAAUAAUUUUACAUGUACAGAAAUUAUGCUAACCUUUAAUACAGGUGAGACCACAGUUUACUUAAUACAGUAACGGAAUAGUGCUGUUUUUUUAGAAAUGGGCUUCUGACAAAGAUUUGUUUAAAAAAAAAAAAAAAGGCAGAAAAAACCUUAGAGCGUGAUCUUUCUACUCUAACAGUUUUGUUGGGCGGGGGGGUUCCUUUUUUAAAAAAAUCUAGUGAGUAAUUUGGUCUGGAUACUACUUGUUACUGGUUUUAAAUUACUUGACAGGUUUUGUUACUUUGCAACACUUGCAACAAUGCAAAUUAACUUCCUUAUGUAUUUUUUUUACAUUAGAUUUCCUUAUGCUAUUACACAAGAUGUAUACCAGAAUCCUCUGUACGUCUCGGUGUAGUUAGGAAUGUCUGUGCAAGUGCUUAAAAGUGACUGUAAUUAACUGUUCUGUGAAGUUAUUUUGAGGGAGGUUGCAUAGACACAUUCCGUUGUACACCAAAAAAAAAAAGAAAAAAAGAAAAGGAAAAAAUGAAAAAAUGGGAAUAUUUUGCUGUGUUGCUUAAUGAUUAUCAUUUUGGGUUUGCACUAGCUUUCUCAGUUUGUCAGUUUGUUUUUGUUUUUUGGGUGGGGGUUUUUUGUUUGGUUUUUUUGUUUUGUUUUGUUUGUUUGUUUUGUUUUGUUGCUUUUCUCAGUCAUAUUUUCCAUGAAAGAAAGUAAGGGUGACAGUUCAGGAAUGCACAAAAGCUAGUUGCCUAAUCUAUUUGUUUGUGGUUUAGUUAUUAAAAACUCUUCUACACCCAAAAUGGCACAAAAGUGUAGUGUACAUUUGUAAUUUCUCUCUCUUUUUUUUUAAACUGUAUUUUUUUGGCAAGCUGAGCUAGAAAAUCUGAGUUAAUAUUUAGAGCCAAAACCUUCUUUCUGGAACUUUUCUUCCAGAAUCCAUGACAGAGAAGCUAGUGCUGUCACUGCCAUUACCAGGGUACUAAUCAGCAAAGUUUACAAUCAUAAUUUAGCUUCAUGAAGAACAACAGUAGGGAAAAUCAGUUUAAAUAAUUAUAUGCUGUGUAUAGCACAGACAUGAGAUUUUCACUUAAUUAAACAAGAAACAAGAGUGGGUGGGGGAAAAACCAACCUUAAAGACCAUCUGUUUUCUCAAGAGAAUCCCAUGAUUUUUGUUUUCUUCUAUAUCAUCGUAUUGAUUUGUUAUUUUAGUUAGGCCAUAGUAUUUAAAAUGAGUUGUGUUCCUUAUUUAUUUAGUCAAUGGGCUUCCAUCAGCUCUUUUAAACAAUGUGAUAAGUUUUUUUGGCAUGACACACUCCUGUAAAGCCCUUUUAUGACUGUUACAGGGACUUUCUACUACCUCUACCAAUUUACUGUUUCUUCUUCUUAACAGGUUUUUAUGGUGUUGCAAGUCUAAUGUAACUUAGACAAUAAAGGGUUUGAUUAUCUACACUGCA